AUGGCUUCUCCUCGUGCUGCUUCUCCCCUGACCUCCGGAGCCGAGUCCGGCCCUGACUCCAAGUCUGCCGGCGCUGGCUCCGGUGCCUCUGCCGUCUCCUCCGUCAACCGUCCUUCCUCCCCUACUCCUCCUGGUGGUCCCCGGGCUGCUUUGCGUCGCCGCGCGGCCGCUGACCACAAGGAGUCUCUCCGCAAUGCCCGGCCCAGCUCGACCCGCGCUGCCGGUGCCGGCGGUUCUUCUGGCACGAUGCUGAAGCUCUACACCGACGAGAGCCCCGGCUUGAGGGUCGACCCCGUUGUCGUCCUGGUUCUCAGUCUGGGAUUCAUCUUCUCUGUCGUUGGUCUGCACGUCAUCGCCAAGAUCACCCGCAAGUUCUCCUCGUAA